AUGUAUACCUCAACUAUUUCCGACCAAACUGAUCGCACUGGAACCGGCCCUCUCGCCCGCUACGACGACGCCGGCUCUUUAGCCAGCAUUCCAUCACGUAAUGAGAUCUCUUUUCCGCAAAACAGGAAAACGUAUUAUGGAAGAAUCUACGAGAGUAAACAAUACACGCAGAUUGCAGAGGACGUGCUCAAAGAAACUGUAAAGGAUAUUUCGCAAACAGAUCUUAAUGAAAUAAUUAAAACUGCUGGCCUAACACCCGAGCCUUAUCUUUAUCAAAUUCCAGAACCAGGUGAACGCUUUGAAUAUGUUGUAGUUGAGAAUGAUUUAUCACAGAAGGUAGGUGACAAAAUGGAGUACCCAGAAGUGGCAAGACGUCUUGAUAAAAAUAUCGAUAUUGGCUAUUAUCUGAAAACUGUUAUCGGGCUCUGUGCACCGCAAAAAUCAGCUGAACAAUGGGUUAAGAGGUAUAUCAAAGAGCUACGUGAUGGUCCAAAAAAAGAUGAGACUAUCAUAUCCCAUCUAUGGAAAGAAGCUUGCACUUACGCGGAAAAUUUAUUUGAUAUCAAUUAUGCUGGUAAAGUAGUAAAAUGCUCGGGUAAUGUUGGUUAUUACACUUCCUUCCUCAAUGCACUAGAUAAGCUAAAAGAAUCCAUCCACUUAAAGCUUUCAUCAUUGCUCAAAGAAAUUUCUAAGAUCGAUUACAAAGUAGUUGGCCUAGAAAUUACACGCUAUCGAGUGUUAUCAAAGUUACAGGAUGAUAAAAAAGAUGAUUCGUCCGAAGCGGAUAUAGACGAGAUCAUCGAAUUAUAUGGAUAA